AUGCCUCAAGUACAAUUUCAAGAAUCAAAAGGUUCGAAAUCGACGAACACAAGUAAGAUGAAUUUCGUGAAUCGACAUUUCGAUAUAAUACAAAAAGAACGUGGAUAUAUAAUUUCCCAUCAAAUUGUCAAUUUAGCUAUAAACCUCUCAGAAGAAUCAAUCGAGGGAUUCACUGAGCUUUUUCUCUUUCCUCUUACUGAGGAUAUCUGUUUAAUAAAAUUACAUUGUAGGCAAUGUGUUAAUGACCUUGUCGCACCUUUCGAUAUCCCUAUUGCACAUUAUUCAAAUGAGAAUAGGUUGAAUAUUGGACAAGAAGGUGAAAUUAUGAUUUCUGUACCUAAAGAAAUAGUUGAGAUUAUGCAAACAGACGAACAAGGGUUAAUAAAACCAUUUAAAGUUCGUGUGGAAUACAAGUUAAAACAACCUCAAUCUGGUAUACAUUUUGUAUAUCCUGAUCCUAAUCGCGAAAUAAAUAAAUCUAUAUUGGACCCUUAUGUAUUUACCAUUAACCAUCCGGUAGGUGGUGUAACAAGAUACUGGCUUCCAUGCCUUAAUCGUUUCAACGACAAAUGCACAUGGGAUUUGAUAUUCACUGUUAAGGAUGUAGAAGGAUAUGAUGAACUGAAUGUAGUUGCUAGCGGAAAUUUGGUUAAAGUGGAUCAUUCUCUUGAAAAUCCUUAUCAGAGAACAUAUUAUUAUGAACAAGAUGUAGCUGUUCCGGCGCAAUUUAUUGGAUUUGCUUGUGGUCCUUUUACUAAAAUUAGAAAUUUAUGGUAUCAAGGUGAUGUUGUUUUACCCCAAGAUAGACCAGAGAUCAAGGCUUUUGUUACUGAUCGGCUAUCAGAAUAUCUUGAACCAACAAUGUUACCUAGCGAAAGUCCUAAUAUCAGUAAAUACUGGGUAUCUGAAAUAAUAAAUUGGUUUAUAGAAAAAUUUCCUUCAUCUAUACCUAAUGAUGACACGUAUCAUUCAAGUCCUUUUUAUCCACCUAUAAAAGAUCUUAGAUUUCCCUUUAAAUCGUUAAACAUUGUUUUCGUUGAAGGCGCAUAUCAUGGUAUUUCGAUUACUGCCGGUCUUAUUAUUUGCAAAUCGCAAUUAUUACAUAGCUAUCGUAUUAUUGAGCAAAGAUUUGAAACGAUGCAAUUUAUAGCGCAUGGCAUAGCCCAACAGUGGUUUGGAAUUUUUCUUUCGCCUUAUAAAUGGAGGGAUUUGUGGUUGGGGCUUGGUCUGUCGUAUUAUUGGGUUGAAAUGUAUUACGAGACGGUCUUUUCAGAGGAUAAAAUAAGGUUGGAUCGUAAAAAGAGAAUCGAAUCAGUUACUCAAAAGGAUGUCAAUCAAUAUGCAAUAUGUUCAGAUAAAUGGAACUUUCCUUUAUCAGUAGGAAGCUUUGAUUUUAUACAAACCAAAGCAUCUCUUGUCAUCUGGAUGUUAGACAAACGUUUAUCAUUACUUGGAUAUUCUCGUAAAAUGCCGGGCUUGAUUUACCUUAUUUUGGGUGAUGCAAAGUCUUCAUUGGAGAUGAAUAAACUCCAAGGUUUCCUCAAUACACGAGACUUUUUACUUUUAUGUAAAUUUGUCAUACGUCGAGAGCUCCAUAACGAGAUCAAUGCCUUUUCACGUCAAUGGAUCUAUGGUUCUGGAUGUCCGAUAUUUAAAGUUGCUUGUAAAUUCUCUCGAAAAAAUCUGAUUGUUGAAUUUGAUAUUGAGCAAAUUAACACAAAUUCAGUUGCGUUAAACAGCUUAAACACUUUGAAUCCAGCUUAUUUUACGGGCAAAUUAGAAGUAUCAGUUAAAGAACCUGAUGGCUAUGAAUAUAUUAACACGUUGGACAUCCAUAAACCGCAUCAAAUUGAGACAAUCCAUUAUCACACCAAGUAUAAGCGCUCUAAAGUUAUGAUUAAACCACGUAUGGUAAGGAAGGAAGUUACUAAUGAUGAGGAAGUCGCGUAUAUGCGUGACAUGAUGGCUGAAUAUAUGGAAGAGGAAUUUCCUGAGUUUUUUGGUCUGGAUCCUGAAAAUAAUGUUGAUAACGAAUGGAUGAUUCACGAAUGGGCUGAUGAUCCAACAGCUCGUAUUGCCAGUUGGCUUGCAAAAUUCGAAUUUUCACUUCCUCCAUACAUGUGGGCAAAUUUAUUGGAAGAGUCGAUUGAUGUCAUUGACCAAUAUAAGGCUGUUCAAGCUUUAUCAAAGCAUAACAGUAAAGCUGCAUCGACGACUUUAAUGCGAACUGUCAAUGAUUUUAGGUAUUUUUAUGAUAUACGUAUUGAGGCAGUAAAAUCCUUGUCAAACUUUGGAUCGGAUGACCUGGAUGGAAUUGGUACCCGACAUUUGCUGAAGCUCUAUGAAAGUAUUUAUUGUGAAAAAAGUGAGGAAGAUAACAUUCCAUUGCCGAACACAUUUGACAGCUGGGAAAAGUAUUUUUUACAAAAAGCGAUGAUAGCUUCUAUAUCACGUUUACGAGAUUCGAAUAACUUGGCUCCACUUGAAAUCAAAAGAUUCUUAUAUCAACGAUUGAAAUGGAAUGAUAAUUCAAAGAAUUAUUAUUCCGACGAUUACUUAAUUAAUGUACUAGUUCGUAGUUUAGCAAAUUCUUUCGCGAAAAUCAAUAAUAUCGAAAAAAAUAGCAAAAGCAACAAAGAUACAUCUACGUCUGGAGAAGUCUUUUAUCUUUCGCUCGAAGAUCAAGAAUAUAAAAGUGAAAUUAUAAAUAUAAUUGAGGAAACUAUGCGCAGAGAUAGGUCGCUAGGAUCCUAUAAAGACAUUGUCCUUGAGAGCAUUUUAUGGGCCAAAUCAUCAUUAAUGAUGAACCAAGUAAUCGAUAAAAAUAAACAUGAAUUCAUUUAUUAUGCCAAGGUAGGAAAUCAUUAUGGUGUUAGGAAAAUGUCUUUAAGAGCCUUGUGGAUCCUUGGUUAUAACAGAGAUGAUUUGGAGGUUAAAAAUUUAUUAAAAAGUCUUGGCACAUCAGACCCUGACCUUGGCAUUAGGAAUUAUGUAAACACUUUAUAUGGUGUGGAUCAGGGUCUGAUCAGGCUUGAAUAUCCAAAGAAGGAUAUGACAGGUUCUACAAGAUUGAAGCUUAAAUUUUCAAAGUCGUCCAAACCUGCCAAAAAUUUAACUACGCCUAUGGAAUGUGAAGAGGAUAUCAGAGUGGAAGAUUCGGAGGAUUCUUUAUCUAAUGAUAAUGCGACAGAGGAAAGCCAUCGUCAUUUAAGGACCAAAUCUAAUAAACAUAAAAAGUCGCGCUCUUCGAAGACCAAAAAAGAAGGUAAGCAAGCUAGCAUUGAACCUGAAGCUAUUAAACAAUUAAUCGCAACGAUCGAGGAGAGUUUAAUAGAAACAGAAGUGGCAGAGUCUUCAAAGAAACGGAAAAAGAAAAGCGACAAGGUAAUUGAUAAUCCAAUACAUAUUUCUUCUUCAAGAAAACGAAAAUCAGUUCCGGCCGUUGAAGAAAUUGUCGAGGUCGAAAAAAGGUCAAAGAAAUCAAAGAGACCAAAAUAA